GGUUCGCCCGCGAAACAUAAAAAUUCGAUCAAAAAAUAAAAUAAAAAACGGAAACAAAACAAAAUCCCGCUUAAAUUCUUAAACCUCAAAGAGGACAAGACUCAAUCGUCUCCGUCCAAUUCCACCCUUUCAAAUCCAACGGUCCCUAAUUUCCACGUCAUCGAUCCUCGCAAAUCAAAACCCACCAAUCAAAUCUCACCCCCUCCCCUGUAUAUAUUUACCUCCCACUCCCUUACAACGCAUCCCAUUCCAUCAGAACAUUUUCUAAUCUUUUUUAGCUGAGAAUUUUGAAAUCAAUCAAAUUUCAAAAAUGGCACCAAAAGCCGAGAAGGCCCCAGCGGAGAAAAAGCCUAGAGCCGAGAAGAAGCUCCCCAAAGAAGCCGGUGAUAAGAAGAAGAAGCGAGCUAAGAAAAGCAUCGAAACCUACAAGAUCUACAUCUUCAAGGUUCUGAAGCAAGUCCACCCCGAUAUCGGGAUUUCGAGCAAGGCCAUGGGGAUCAUGAACAGUUUCAUUAACGACAUUUUCGAGAAGCUUGCUCAGGAGGCUUCGAGGCUCGCUCGUUAUAACAAGAAGCCGACGAUCACCUCCCGCGAGAUUCAGACGGCCGUGAGAUUGGUCUUGCCUGGAGAGCUGGCCAAGCACGCUGUCUCGGAAGGGACCAAGGCCGUUACCAAGUUUACUAGUUCUUAGGUUUUGGAAAGAAGGUCAUUUUGGAAAAUACGGUUUUGUUGUAAAAAUUCGUAGCUUUUAAGGUUGUUUCAUCCGUUCCCGAGCUUAAAUUCAAAUCUAUUUCUUCCAAAAUUUAUA